AUGGCAUCUGGAACCCACGCGAUCUGGCUUACUACCUGUGGCAGAAGGUCGCGGCGGACCUCUGAAGAUCUCAUGGGCAGUUCACGGCCGCGGGCCCGUGAAGAUGGUUCCUGGCAGCGCCAAACUCUCCACUUUGGUCAUGAGCACGCCGAGAAGUAUUCGGUCCUCACUAUCGACAACCGCGGCAUGGGUGGCUCAGAUAAGCCGCUAAUGCGCUACUCAACCAGCGAAAUGGCCAAGGACGCUGUCGAAGUCCUCGAGCACAUCGGCUGGUUGCCGUCCCAUGUCCUCUCCCCUCAGUCACAACUCCCCGAGUCCACACCGGAGCGGGCACUGCACGUUCUAGGGAUUUCAAUGGGUGGGAUGAUCGCCCAAGAGUUGGCGUACCUUGUGCCCGAGUAUAUCAGCACCCUGAACCUGCUGUGCACAGCUGCAGCCAUCGAAAACACAACCACAUUCUGGGAGAACAUGAUGCAGCGUGCCCAGAUGCUGAUACCAAAGAGUUUGGAGGCAAGUGUCAGGAGUGGCGCAGCAAACAUGUUUCCACUUCCCUAUCUUACCGGCAAGGACGAUAUACACCUACCAGACCCCAAGUUGACAAUCAAGGUCCACCCCCCGGGCGGCAAGGGUGGUGAGGGCGAGUAUCUGCACUUCAACACAAACUACGAGAGGUUCGUAGCAGGUGAGAUGCAUAAGCGCCUCGAUGCUAGGGGAUUCACUACAAAAGGCUUCUUGCUCCAGCUCAUAGCCGCGGGGUGGCAUCACAAGAGCAAGGAGCAACUGAAGGAGAUGGCCGACAAGAUCGGACGCGAUCGGAUCCUUGUACUCCACGGGGAGGCGGACAGGAUGAUCUCUGUACCCCAUGGAAGGCGCUUGCUCGAACAUCUGGGUGGGACCGAAGGACCCGGGCUGAUGGGAAUCAUCAGACCGGAUAUGGGGCAUGUGCCUCCACUGGAACGUACCGCCUGGUUUCAUGAGCUUAUAGAGGAGAGGAUACGGAAGGGAGAGCAGCUGGAUGGGAGACCGGCGCCAUGA